CCAGCGAAGCACACACGUCACCUAAUCGUCCCAAAACCAUAAUACAAUAUUUUGCAUACAUAAUACAUAGGACUCUAUGUAAUAUUGUAAUGUAACAUUCAAUUGUCUGUAAUAGAUAUUGUCUCUUUCUUACAACAUUAGAAAUGACUUGGAAGAUUAUCACCAGAUCGAUCCUAUCCCACGACACCACCGUUGCAGUCAACGCAUGGUAUUAAAUUCGGAUACAAAACCAUAUCACAAUCACGGACCUCACGGAACGAACGAGCUGGUUCUGGAAAUCGGGACUCGUCUCUGUAACUUGGGCGUUACGACUACGAUCUUCUUUCUGUGAGGUAAAAGCUCGAACACCUGACCUACACGAAUUAAAUUACUGUAAUGCUUUGCAUAUGUGUGCAUAGAUUAUUCGCAAAUGUAUAUAAUAUUAUUUAAUCUGAUGCUUUUGCUUUAAGUUUCCGAUAAAGAUGACUGUUUUAACGACUUUGAUGUUUGGGUUUUGCAAGGGAUUGUGAGGUAGAAACUGAAUCGUUUGUUUUCUAGCUACAGAAACAGGUGACUGUUGUAGAAUUGACCAGAGUUUGUUGAAUCGUUGGGUUUCGCUUGUGGUUUGGGGAAUUAGUUGUUUGCGGGUUUGUCUAUUUGCUACCAGAAUUUCCUGUGCAAUUUUGCUUUAUCACCUGAUUUGAUGCGAUUCGGGCAAUAAAGGGUUUUUAAUUUCGUUGAAGUUGGAAUUUUCAGUGGGAAAAGUGGGGUUUGGGAAUUGAAUUGUUGGGUUUGUGUGUGCAAGGAAGUUGAUUAAGAAUAUUGUGUUGUGGGUGAACUUUGGAAUAGAUUAGGAUUUGAUGUUUUGAACAGUUGGAAUACACAUAGGAAACGUAGGACUUUUGACUGCUCUGGUCAUUUGGUUUGAUUUUGGCUAUAGAAUCUUGAGAAAUUGGUUUACUACUAAUUUCUUUGGAAAAUUGGCAAAUACAGGACGUGCUUGAGAGUUUAUAUUCUGGGUAAUUCAUAAGGUUCUGACCUCCUCCCCAAUAGAAGAAGAAGAAUUAAAGGCUUCUUUGGGAUUUUGAUGAUAUUUAAAAUCUCAAGGGUGCCCUUGUGAAUCUAUUCAGUGUGAUCUGAGGAUAAAACUUGUUAACUUGUUUGGAAUUGAAAGACUUGAGUUGGGGAUUUAAGGGUUUGCCGACUCAUUUGUGGGUCCUGAACAUUUACAAGGAGAUCUGGUUGAUGAUUUGUUCGUGGUUUCUGAGUUCUUGUAAGGAUUUGAUUCUAUGAUGGAUGAAACUCAAUGCAGUUCAAAUGCACUUCCUCCUUUCCUCACAAAGACAUAUGAGAUGGUAGAUGAUCCUUCCACAGACUCCAUUGUCUCCUGGAGUCAGAGUAAUUGUAGCUUUAUCGUGUGGAAUCCACCAGAAUUCGCAAGACAGUUGCUGCCCAAAUUCUUCAAGCACAAUAACUUUGCCAGCUUUAUCAGACAGCUCAAUACAUAUGGUUUUAGGAAAAUUGAUCCGGAACUAUGGGAAUUUGCAAAUGACGAUUUUAUUAGAGGCCAGCCACACCUUUUGAAGAACAUCCACAGACGCAAGCCAGUUCAUAGUCAUUCCCUACAGAAUCAGCAAGGACAAGGAACUUCUUCAUCUUCAUUGACUGAAUCAGAAAGACAGAGUUAUCGGGGCAACAUUGAGAGGCUGAAAUGUGAUAAGGAGUCACUUAUGUUGGAGUUGCAGAUACAUAAACAGGAGCAGGAAAGAAUUGAUACGCAAAUGCAGGUUUUGACUGAGGGUUUGCGACAUGUGGAACAUCGUCAAAAAAAUAUGUUAUCCUCUUUGGCUCAAACCUUGCGAAAACCUGAGCUAGCCUUGAAUCUAAUGCCACAAUCAGAAAUCCAUGAAAGAAGGAGGAGGUUGCCUAGAGGGAGUUGCUUCCAUGAUGAGGCCUGCAUUGAAGGUAACCAGACGGGAACUUCCCAAAUUGUGGCUAAAGAAAAUUUGAAUGCUUCCUCUGCGUUGCUGUUAGAUACAGAAUCAUUUGAGCAGUUGGAGUCCUCCCUGAUAUUUUGGGAAAAUAUUAUACAUGAUGCUUGUCAAUCUUACAUGCAACAUAAUUCAUCCCCGGAGUUGGUUGAGUCUACAAGUUGUGCAGAUAGCCCAACUAUUUCUUACACACAGCUAAAUGUGGAUGUUGGCUCUAAAACUGUGAUAGAUGUGAACUCCGAGCCUGCUGCAGCUGUUGUUUCUGAGGUUGCUGUUUCAGAAGAACAAGUAGUUGGGACUGCAGCUACUACUCCAACCGGGGUCAAUGAUGUGUUUUGGGAACAGUUCCUGACAGAGAAUCCUGGUUCAACUGAUGCAACAGAGGUGCAGUCAGAAAGGAAAGAUUUUGAUGGCAGAAAGAAUGAAAGCAAAUCCAUUGAUGGAAAGUUUUGGUGGAAUAUGAGGAGUAUCAAUAACCUUGCGGAACAAUUGGGGCAGCUUACUCCAGCAGAGAGAACUUGAUGUUAGUUGUUUUCCUAUAGUUAUAUUAGCUUUUGAUUCAUUAGUUACUGGGUGUAAAUUUACAAGUUUUACUAUAAUUAUAUUAGCUUUUGAUUCAUUACUUACUGGGUGUAAAUUUACAUGUUUACUAUAAUUAUAUUACCUUUUGGUUCAUUAGUUAGUGGGUGUAAAUUUUCAGAUUGGUUUGAUCUGGCAAUAAAAUAGGCUUUUUGUGUUUUUGUUUCA